AACGCAACAUCCUGUAACUGCGACUCCUCCGCAGAGAUUAGCAGUAAGACUGUUGCUUUUUUCCGUGCAAUUUUUUGUUGUUGAAUAAAUUUUAUGAGUAAUACUUCACAAUAUUAAUUUAGUUUACCGUCAAUCUUUUACACACGAGUCGGAGACUUCUCUGAAACUGUCAGCAGGGGGAAAUGACAGGUCAACGGCUAAACUUAAUGCGAGGACUGAACGCGGCUGUAACGUCUGUGCUGCCGUUGCACUGAAAGAGACCGGAUCGAACAGCAGCACACAACUCAAGUUUAUUACUGUUUCCUCCAUAACAAAAGGGACGUUUUUCCUCUCUGUGUGUUUAUUCGACGCCAUCGUACGGUUAAAGGCCCCCGAAAAGAUUUAAAAUGCAAGACGUGCUCAUCAACAGCAUUUGUAUUGUAAAAGGACAUGGAGCACGGAGAAGGACUGUCUGAAUAACAGCGAUCAGGAUUAUAUACUAUUCGGCACCGUUGCUUCAUCAAACCACCGCUUCCAGAUUUGAUCAACUAAAUGUAAAGGAUCUUUUGGUUCAAGCUACCAUGGCUAAGCCAAGCGGUGAAAUCCAGAGAAGGAACCCUCAGCAUGACUUUGAGCUCAUUCAGAGGGUGGGAAGUGGCACAUAUGGAGACGUGUACAAGAUAUGAGAAAAAUGGCAAUCAAAAGAAAGUCUAAACAAGGCUCGAAACAUUCAAACUGGGGAGCUCGCAGCUGUGAAGAUCAUAAAGUUGGAGCCAGGGGAUGACUUUUCCAUCAUACAGCAGGAAAUCUUCAUGGUGAAGGAAUGCAUGCACCACAAUAUUGUGGCCUACUUUGGGAGCUACCUGUGUCGAGAGAAGCUUUGGAUAUGUAUGGAGUACUGUGGUGGAGGAUCUCUGCAGGACAUUUAUCAUGUUACGGGACCUCUCUCAGAGCUUCAGAUAGCAUAUGUCUGCAGAGAGACCCUACAGGGUUUAGAAUAUCUGCACAGCAAGGGCAAGAUGCACCGUGACAUCAAGGGUGCCAACAUACUUCUUACAAACGACGGAGAUGUGAAGUUAGCUGACUUUGGAGUUGCAGCCAAAAUAACAGCCACCAUUGCCAAAAGAAAGUCCUUCAUUGGAACACCUUAUUGGAUGGCUCCAGAAGUAGCCGCAGUGGAGAAGAACGGCGGCUACAACCAGCUGUGUGAUAUCUGGGCUGUUGGCAUUACCUCCAUAGAGCUGGCAGAGCUACAGCCUCCAAUGUUUGACCUACACCCGAUGAGGGCCUUGUUUUUGAUGUCGAAGAGCAGCUUCCAGCCUCCGAAGCUAAAAGACAAAAAUAAAUGGUCCACUGCCUUCCAUAACUUUGUCAAACUGUCUCUGACUAAGAACCCGAAAAAGAGGCCCACUGCAGAAAAACUACUUUCG